AAUUCCCUGUUUCGAAGCCUGAUCUCCUGUCCCGCUUGGACCACAGGGAUGAACCAACAGCCCUGGAUCUCCACGUGCCCAGAGACACCCCGGCCACAGAGGAUGGAGCAGGAGCAGAGCAGGAACCUCCCCGAGAAGAAUUUGCCGAAAAAGACCCCGAAGCGGUGAAACCCGCAGGUGAGGAGCAUCCAUCGAGCCCCAUGGACGCUGGGGCGAAGGCGGCACAGAGCAGGGGACUCAGGGAAACAACGGCGACGCAUCCGAGCGAGAGCCAACCCAGCACCACGUGUGGUGAGUGCGGGAAGAGCUUCAGCCACAAAUCAGCCCUGGUGAAACACCAAAAAAUCCACACCGGCGACCGCCCGCACAAAUGCCCCGACUGCGGCAAGUGUUUCAUCCAACGCUCUGACCUCACCAUCUACCAACGCGUUCAUACAGGCGAGCGACCCUACGCCUGUCCCGAUUGUGGCCGGCGCUUCAGCGUCAGCUCCUCUUUGUUCACCCACCAACGUCCCCACGCUCCCGGUGGCAAAAAACCCAACCGUUGCCCCCAGUGCGGACGAAGUUUUGCCGAUCCGGGAGCGUUGGACCGGCAUCAAAAAAGCCACUUGGGUGGCAAACCCUACGAGUGCGGAGUGUGCGGAAAAGCUUUCGCUUGGAGCUCCCACCUCGAGCGGCAUCGGCGCAUCCACACAGGUGAGAAACCCUUCCGGUGCGCCGAAUGUGGGCGA